AUGUCUUCAUUUGCUCCUAAAGCCGGAGAUUCCACAGCAAGUGCAGAGUGUGCAAAGAUUAUUUCAUUUCCAGUUGAAGAAGGUUCUAUACUUUUUAAUCUUAACUCUUUUUCUGUAGAUGUGAAAGUCCAAUACAAGUCUGACGCCAAACCAGAUGAGGUUCUUUGUUUCAAAUACUACAAUGCAACUGAAGUUAUCAUGGGAAAACAAAUGAAAGACUGGCUUCGAUUUUCUGCCUGUUACUGGCAUACUUUCAGGGGAACUGGAGCUGACCCAUUUGGAUUUCCAACCCUUGUAAGACCAUGGGAUGAUGGAAGUAACAGCGUUGAAAAUGCAAAACGAAGACUAAAAGUUGCCUUCGAUUUCUUUGAUAAGCUUGGAAUAAAGUACUGGACAUUCCAUGACCGUGACAUUGCACCAGAAGGCGAAACAUUGGAGGAAACGAAUAAAUAUCUGGAUGAGGUUGCAGAUUACGCAAUCGAACUGAUGAAGGAGAAAGAUGUUAAAUUGCUGUGGAACACUUGCAACCUGUUUGCACAUCCAAGAUACAUGAAUGGAGCAUCAACCAAUCCUGAUGUUCAUGUGUUAGCAUAUGCAGCAGCACAAGUCAAAAAAUCUUUGGAGAUCGGAAAGAAAAUGGGGGCUGAAAAUUUUGUUUUCUGGGGUGGUCGUGAAGGGUAUCAUUCCCUUCUUAAUACCAAUGUACGAUCGGAACUGGAUCAAAUGGCGAACUUUUUUAAGAUGGUUGUAGCCUACAAGAAGAAGAUUGGUUUCACAGGUCAGCUGCUCAUUGAACCGAAACCUAAAGAACCAUCUAAGCAUCAGUAUGACUAUGAUGCUAUGACAGUGAUUGCCUUUCUGAAGACAUAUGGACUUGACAAGGAUUUCAAGCUGAACAUUGAGCCCAAUCACACCACAUUGGCAGGUCAUUGCUAUGAGCAUGAUAUAGUGAUGGCUUCAGCUUAUGGAAUGCUUGGAUCUGUGGAUUCCAAUACAGGGUCGCCAGAUUUGGGAUGGGAUACUGACCAGUUUCCAAUGGAUGUGAAGAGUGCUGCAAUGGUUAUGAAGACUAUAAUUGAGCAAGGAGGUCUUGCACCAGGGGGACUCAACUUCGAUUGCAAAGUUCGUCGAGAAUCCACCGAUUUAGAAGACAUGCUGAUUUCUCACAUUGGUGCAAUGGAUACUUUUGCUCGAGGGUUGAGAGUUGCUGCGAAGAUCAUUGAAGAAGGAAUCAUGGAUAAAGCAGUAAAGGAGAGAUAUGCAACCUUCUCAUCUGGCCUCGGGGCAAAAGUCAAGAGUGGGGCAGCAACACUGGAAGAAUGUGCAGAAUAUAUCGAGAAAAAUGGCAACCCUCGAUUGAUAUCAGGAAAGCAAGAAAAAAUGGAGUCAAUCCUCAAUCGCUACCUCUGAUAUUUUGUAUUACCUAAUUUUCAUUUUCGAUUAUUUCUGACGAAAUUGACAAAUAAUCUAAUUUCUAUGACUGAUCAUGACCAUGGCUAGACAGGCUAAAGCUAACAGCUAAGGAUUAGGGACGUGGAUCACUUUUGAAUCUGAUAGGGGAAUAAUCAUGUGAGAAUGUAUUGCAGGCCUAAUGAUCUUUGAGAAAAGUUAUAUGCAAUCACUGGAAUGCCGAGAGAUACUUAAACUACAUGAAAUUAUUGUAGGACAUAACGACUAGAUUUGUAGAAGUUUAAGUCAUUUCUUCCCCUAUAAUAUAUAUUUUAUCCUGAACUUCGCCCAGGAAGAAUGUCAAAGACAAUCAAUCUCUUCUGGACUCGAACUUGCCCUUCCACAGUGUGUAGUGAAAGUAUUGAUGUCAAUUUUAAUUUUUGACUAGUUUUGAAGCCACAUGAAUGCAGUUAUUAGUAACCACUGUUUUAAAUUGUGCAAUUUUACACAUUUGGGCCAAUCCAAGUUCUUGUCUUAAAUUUGUGCAAUUUUUUUAAUAUAAUGAUGGAAUUACCCAAUAGUACCAACUACCAAAUCCCAAAAAAAUGUAAGAGAAGUGUAUUUAAAACAAUUUUACAGCCCAACACUGAAUAAUGAUGGCAAGGUAAAAACCAGACAUUAAAUGUGUUUAAAUUUUGAGCUGUCAAAUUGGCAGUUUUAUUAACAAAACAAUAGUAUUUACGUCGUUUGUAAUUUUGACUUGGAACUCCAAGCAGAUUUUCUUUAAGAAUGUUCUUUUCCUGUACUAAAUUAGGCUGUUUUUCUGGGCAUAUUUUGUCAUGAUAUAAUAAUUUGUAAUCAUUGUGCAAUAAAUCAUUUAUGGAAAGAUGUU